AUGUCCAUCGACCCUGCUGUGGACCUGCCUUUCUUCUAUGGCAGCAUCAGCCGCUCGGACGCCGAGCAGAACCUGAAGCUGGCCGGCAUGGCCGACGGCCUCUUUUUACUGCGACAGUGUCUCCGCAGUCUGGGAGGCUACGUCUUGUCCGUCGUGUGGAACCUGGAGUUCCAUCAUUACACCAUAGAGAAGCAGCUCAACGGGACAUAUUGCAUCCCAGGAGGCAAGCCUCACUGCGGGCCCGGAGAGCUGUGCGAGUUCUACAGCAAAGACGCCGACGGGCUGGUGUGUCCCCUGAGGAAGCCCUGUCUGCGCCCUGCCGAAACGCCGAUAAAGACCGGCGUCUUUGACAAAAUGAGGGAGAACAUGCUGAGGGAGUACGUGAAGCAGACCUGGAAUCUGGAGGGGGAAUCCAUGGAGCAGGCCAUCAUCAGCCAGGCUCCUCAGCUGGAGAAGCUAAUUGCCACCACAGCACACGAGAAGAUGUCUUGGUACCACUGGAAAAUCAAUCGCGAAGAAGGAGAGAGGAGACUUUACUCUGGAGCGCAACCAGACGGCAAAUUUCUAGUCAGAGACAAAGAGGGAGCUGGUUCGUUUGCUCUCUCCGUCAUGUACGGGAAGACAGUUUAUCACUACCAGGUUAUCCAGGACAAAUCUGGGAAACUGUCCAUGCCAGAGGGGACAAAGUUUGACACAAUAUGGCAGCUGGUUGAAUAUCUGAAGAUGAAACCUGAUGGUCUGGUGACUGUUCUCAGCGAGGCCUGCAUCAAUGGCAAAACUACUGAAAAGACUCCCAGUCUUCCUGCAACAAGGAGAUCCGGUGCAAAUGGAUACACACCGCCACCCCGAGCUGCAGCUUUUGCCCUGAGCACAACUAACGCUUCGCCUAAAAAUCGUGACAUUCUUCCCAUGGACUGUGACGGAUUCAACCCGUAUCACAACCCGAAUGACAUCAAGAAGUUUAACAUCCUGAGAGAACAACUGAUGAUGGACGAGGAGAUAGAGCUCGGCUCCGGGAACUUCGGCUGCGUCAAGAAAGGAGUCCUCAAGACAGAAGCGGGCCAAAUAGAUGUGGCCGUCAAAGUGCUGAAGAGCGACAAUGAAAAGAUGGUGAGGGAGGAGAUGAUGAGGGAGGCAGAGAUCAUGCACCAGCUGAGCAACCCUUUCAUCGUCCGAAUGCUCGGCCUGUGCCACAGUGAGAGUCUGAUGCUCGUCAUGGAGAUGGCUGCUGCUGGUCCUCUCAACAAAUACCUCUCCACCAAAAAGGAUUCUGUAAGUGUGGAGAACAUCGUCAACUUGAUGCACCAGGUCUCGAUGGGGAUGAAGUAUCUGGAGGAGAAAAACUUUGUGCACAGAGAUCUGGCAGCUCGCAACGUUCUGCUUGUCAACCCACAGUUCGCCAAAAUCAGUGACUUUGGGCUCUCCAAGGCUCUGGGAGCCGACAACAACUACUACAAAGCUCGUACUGCAGGAAAAUGGCCUCUGAAGUGGUAUGCUCCAGAAUGUAUCAACUUCCACAAGUUCUCAAGCAAAAGUGACGUUUGGAGUUAUGGGAUCACCAUGUGGGAGGCCUUUUCUUAUGGAGGGAAACCCUACAAGAAAAUGAAAGGUAAUGAGGUGACGCGCUACAUCGAGAGUGGAGGUCGCUUGGAGAGUCCACCAGCAUGUCCAGAGAGAAUGUACACGCUGAUGAAAGAGUGCUGGACACACUCGCUUGAGGAGCGUCCUGACUUCAAGAAGGUCGAGGAGUCCAUGAGGUCCUAUCAUUACUCCAUAUGUGGCAAGGCCAAGCUUGAUGGAGCCACAGCAGCUGAUGAGCCUACCAAACAGACAGAAAGGAGAAAAUAA